GCAAGCUCAGAAGUUCCUUGAAUAAGCUGUAUUCCUAGCACCGUUUUUUGCCCCCUGUCAGAGACGUCCGAGCCCCACACAGGAACCAGGCUCACAUUGUUCGACAGCCACGGACGUUUCCACAGCGGCUGGGAGGGCCGAAAGCUCUUUCCGCUCUUUGUUACCAUUGUUUUUUUUUUAAUUUUUUCCUUCCUUCUUCCAACUUUCCAGUUAAAGAGUAUUGCUGGGGCAUUUCUGAGGUAACUCAGGCUGAGCUUCAGAGAAAAGAGCGAGAGGCAGGUGUAAGUGGGGGGGAAGAAGCCCAGGAUGCUGGUGGAGCUUUUGCUGGUCUGCAGCACAGCAGGACUGGCGAAGCUGGCGGAAGGCGCAGCCCAUCAUGGAUAUCGUGAUGGCUCCGGGCACAGCUUAGAGCCACGAGUUCAUGAGACCCCUGCACACCCCCAGAGAACUCCUCUGCCACGCCAAGGAGGUUACUGGGAGGCAGAAGGGCUCAGGGAGGACACUCAAGAUUACCCUUCAAGUGUGAUCUCCUCACAUCAGGAGGAGAGAGGGGAGUCUGAAGCUGCGAGCCCACAGCCCCAAAAUGGGAACUGGUGUUCCUUCACGCAGUCCCGGCUGGUCACAUACAUAGAAGCCUGCAUGAAGGAGAAGUACAUUGUGAACUCCCAACAGCCCUGCCCAAAUGGAGCCCCAGACUGCCAGAAGAUCAUGUACAGGACAGCUCUGAAGCCAGUCUACCAAGUGAAACAGAAGGUUUUGAAAUCUUUGCAGUGGAAAUGCUGCCCUGGAUUUAUUGGCAAGGACUGUGAACAGCGUGAUCCUAAUUUUAUUCUGGUGCCAGGAACUGAAACUGAAGGGCGAGAAGAAGAGUUCUCAAACCACAUGUCAACAUCAGUGGAUGCAAGAGAAAUGUUCGAAGUCAUUCAAAAUCAUGAGGCUUUACUGGAUGAUCUUCAAAGUGAUAUUCAUCAAGCAGCCAGCACCUUAGGUGACUUACAGAGACUAAUUGAAAACAACGGUACAAGCAUGGUGUUAGAAGUGAACCAGAGCAAUUCAGCUCAUCAGGAAAGGCUUCUGCAGCAAGUUUUGUUUCCUCAUGUGGAGAAUUUUAUAAGGAAACAUUUUAACCCAAUGUGGACAAGCUUCAGCAACAGCUUAGAGAACCUCUCCAACAUAGUAAGUAACCUGUCCCAUGAUGUGGAAGCCAACAAGAAAAGCAUUGAAAGAUUCCAGGAGAGCACUGUGCCCAAGAAGGAAUUCCAGGAGCUGGGAACUAAAUUUGAAUCAAAAGUCCAAGAAAACAUAGUGAAAGUUGAUCAGGCAAAAAGAGAUAUAGAGAACCAAGUGCAAAUGCAGCACGCUAAUAUGCACUAUAAUCUCAGCAUGAUCAAGGCAGAUAUUGACACAAAACUCAAGAAGCUUCAUAAGAUACAGCAGUCCCAUUUCAUAGCUUUGAACAACAGCAUAGCAAACAUGAAACAAGAGCAAAACCUUCUUGAAAAUAAAUUGGAGGCUUUGAAAAAAAAUUUAACAGAACUCUCUUUACAUCAUGGUCCCAAAGAUGAAAACAGCCAAUUAACCAUCAAACAUAUGAAUGACAUUCUGUCAGGGCAUGCAAAGCAGCUUAAAGAACUUUACAUGGAGUCAGAUGUGGCCUUUCAGAAUAUUGCAGUUUUAGAGAGGUGGUUUAAGGAGUUAAAGAAAAACAUCUCAAAGUAUAGGCCAGAAGAUCUUACAAUAACUUUAGCUGAGAAAUCCGUUAUCAUGGAAGAAAACAACGCAGCAAUGGAAAGGCAGAUAUCAGAGCUCAAUUACACCCUCUCAAACCUUCAGGAAAACUAUUCCGAUCUGCUGCGGUACAUGGAGGAAUGCAAUUGCCAGAGAGUAUCUACUGACACUGAUGGACUGGAGGAAGAUCCAAGGAAUAGCACUUACUCCCUUGAAGACAUCCAGCCAAAGGAUAUGAAGCGCUUGGAGUCUGUUUUCAGAGAUUUCUUCAAGAGUGAAAUUGAAGAGCUCUCCUCGGCUAUUCCAUCCAUCCAUUUGUCUCUGAACCUCCGCCAAGAAGAGAACAGACAGCUUCAGUCACAGGUUAUGGCUUUUUCAGAAGACUUAGGCUUGCUGAAGAAGAAAGACGAAGAAAUUCAUCGACACAUCAAGUAUCUCAACAGUUCUUUUAGCUCUCUCUUGAAAGAUGCAAUGCGGCACGAAGAAGCACUGGAGGCUUUACUGAGACAUGAAUUUCUGGAUAUCUUUUUUGAAGAUGACUUUAGUAGCCUAAUACCAUCAGUAUUUCAGCUGCAAGAAUCUCUCAGAUACUUCUCAGAUAAACUGCAAGAACAAAAUGUGACUUUAGAAUCUCUUAAGAAGAGAUUUCAUCCCUCGGAGAGACGUCACCAGAAUAAUCAUGAUGCUCACACACCACCUAAGCACCCCAAGGAGGAAACACAAACCUCCUCUACUCUACAUGAAGUCAGCAGCCAACGCAGCAUCAUAGAACACAUGGAGCCUAACUAUGAGGCUGCCAAAGAUGACUCCUUGGAUAGCUCAACUUACAAUGACAUCACGACUCUGAAGAAUGAUAUCAAACACCUGAGCCUGGCAAUCAAGAGGCAUGAAUCCAGAGGUGAUGUGACUCUCUGCUGCAAUCAUACAAUAGCAAAUGCAAUUGAGCCACUCAACAUUUCUGUAGAAACUCUUUCUGCAGAUUUAGCAACCAUGAAGCGGAAUCUGGAGGAACAUCUGGUGACUUUUAAAAAGCUAUUUGGAAGUAACGAAGAAUUAGGUGCCUCAAAUAUAAGUGUGGAUGUUACAAAGAUUCAGUCAAUGCUGAACAAAAAAGGAAGAAGGCAACAGAAGGGUCAAGAGAAGCCACGAGACAAGAAAAGGCCUGAGAAGCACAGAGAAAAUACACAAACAAUAAGUGGAAGAAAUGCACUGCAGACAGAACUUGUGCAAAAAGAUUCAUUGGUGGCAUUCCACGUGGGAUUCUCAGAAAGAAAGGAUAAAGAAAAAACAGUGAGGUUUAAUGAAACGUACCUCAAUUAUGGAAACAGCUAUUUCUCUGAACACGGCCACUUUAAAGCACCGCACAAAGGUGUCUACCUGUUUGUCAUCUCUGUGGAGUUCAGCUCAGGACCAGCACUGGGACAACUCUCCUUCAGCCGUGGGUACAAAAGAACUCUCUCAAGCAGCCAGAGGAAAACCCCACAUGGGAACACCGUGACUUCUUUUGCUAUGGCAGAAAUGGAGAAGGGGGAGACAGUGUGCUUUGAAUUGCUGCAAGGUUCUGUAGUGAAACGAAGCCCACCUGGGACAACUAUGGGUGGAUUCCUAAUAUCUAAAACUUGAGUAGUGACAUUUAUGUUUUAUUAACCUCUUUCCAUAGAUGCAAUGGAUGCAUUCACUAUUGCUUCAUCUGUGAUGUAUUCAAUGCUACUGCAUGUGUUUAAACAUAGCACUACCCUAGGUGUGUCUUCAUGCUUCUUUUCUGGAAGUGUUUGGCUUUUGAUUAGUUGCUUAUGAGCAGCAAUGGGAUUUUCUUUCAAGUGAAAAGCUAAUGGUUUGGACUUCAGAUGUAUCAGCACACACAUUCCUAAAUCCUUCCAAUGUGAGAACUACAUAUAAAUGUUUUGUGGGACUUUCUUCACUUUUAACACAAAUUUCUCCUUUCCCUUGGCAAAAGAAUAUCCUCCCAACGCAAAUACCCCCAUCAGUGGCAAGGAAAAGAUUUUAGGUAGGACUGCACAUUCUCAUGUUAUGUGGAUCGUAGCUUAAAACCCAGAAGCGAGGGGAAUUUUACCUUUUAGUUCUCUGUGGACCCCAGACUAUCUUGGAAACCUCUGCAAAUCACUCUAAUGUUUCAGUCUGUGCACAACAGGAACACUAGAAGAGAUCCAUCAAACCCAGUAAAAUUCUCUCCAUUGCCAGUAUUUGCAAGCAAGGAUCUCAUAAAUGGCCCAGUUUUUGUUUCUGGGCCUGUGAUGUAUUUCAGCUGCACUACAAAAAUUUAAAGCAUUGUUAAGAUGAAUUACAUUUACAUUUAGACACUAGGAAAAUAACAAUAUUUUAAAAGUAUUGGUGAAAAUGCAGCUUUAUUCCAAAGUCAAUCUUGAAGAUUAUCACAAAUUCAGCCCAGAGUUCAGCAUUUAGUAAAUACUUUAUUACCAAGCAAGCAAAACUAAAACCAAAAGGCAAGCUCAUUGAUCUGCUGUCACUGCUGAAUAUAAAUUUGUAAUGAGAGUAAACCACAGUCAAUUUUUUGAAAUG